ACCAGUAUCUCCAUCGGUAUCCGGAUCUGUGUUUCUCGGUAGCUGUCUCCUUACAUUAGCCCAGGUAUUGACCCACGCUGCGGUUUGCGCAACACCUCAGCCUCUGUCUUCAGCUAGUGUGUGUUUGUGUAUCAGGGCGAAGGACUGCGAGUCAUGGAGCGAGUCAUGGGCGGAGGACUGCUGCCACUGGUUUUAGCAGGUGCUGUAUUGCUUUUGUAUCGGGUCCUGGUCCGCCUUAGGCCAGGAGCUGCUCUGCAGGAUGCUGUGGUGGUCAUCACAGGGUCCACAUCAGGACUGGGCAAAGAGUGUGCGCGGGUCUUCCACGCUGCAGGUGCGCGGCUUGUGCUGUGUGGCCGAGAUGCAGCCCGUCUGCAGCAGGUGGUCCAGGAGCUCACAGCAAGUUCAGCUGGCACACAGAAGAAGACGUACACUCCCAGCACUGUGACCUUUGACCUGGCCAACACAGCCACAGUGGACAGAGCUGCAGAGCAGAUACUGAAUUGUUAUGGACAAGUGGAUGUCCUCAUCAAUAACGCUGGAAUCAGUUACCGUGGGGACAUACUGGAUACCCAUCUUUCAGUUCAUCGGGAAGUUAUGGAAACAAACUACUUCGGACCCGUUGCUUUGACUCAGGCUCUCCUGCCCUCCAUGGUCCGUCGACGUAGUGGCCACAUCGUGGUUAUUAGCAGCAUCCAGGGCAAGAUCGCCAUUCCAUACAGAUCAGCAUAUGCAGCCUCCAAACAUGCCACCCAGGCUUACUUCGACUGCUUACGGGCAGAGAUGGAGUGCUAUGGGAUUCCAGUGACCGUGGUCAGUCCUGGGUACAUCCGAACCAAUCUGUCGGUCAAUGCUGUCACUGGGGACGGCUCCAAGUAUGGAGUUAUGGAUAAAACCACAGCGAUGGGUCGAGAUCCCGGGGAUGUGGCUCAGGCUGUUUUGAAGGCUGUCCGUCAAAAAAGCAAAGACGUCGUUUUAGCAGCUCCGCUUCCCACGCUGGCCGUGUACCUGCGAACACUGUGGCCCACACUCUUCUUCAAACUCAUGGCCUCUCGUGCUCGCAAGGAGAGGAAACCGAAAGAAGAAUGAGGACUAAUUGAGAGACAGGUGUGGACCAGUGUCUCAUGAGCGCAGUUUCACUGGUAUGGACCAUUUGCACUGUACAUUGUAACAGAAAGAACCUACGGUAUGCUGAGUGUUUAUCUAUUGCUUUAUUUUUGACCAGACCCUAGUUCUGCUCUUCCAAGGAAUUGAUCUUCUCCUUAUAAUCACAGCUUAGAAUUGAACCGAUAAUUCUUAAUGACGUCAUGAUAGGUUUCAGUACUAACUGUAUUGACAUGGAUGCUGCAUGACCAGGGAUUUUGGUUUAUGUACAUUAUAAAAUGCUUUUUAAUUUGCAGCAGUGUUUAUUUAGUAUUUAGUCCCACUCUCUAAAAGCAGCCUAUCACAUUUUGAGGGAACAUAAAGACAGUUGGCCUGCUGAUGUUGACUGUGAUGAAUGAGAACUUCACCAUCCAGAAAAAUGCAGGAUCUGAUGAAUGUUUCUCUUAUUUUUGGCAGAGGACAUAUCCCAUAACAACAGGUUUUAUAACAACCUGUUAUUCUUUGACCAAAUAGAGAUGUAUUUGUGUCAGUUUACUGAGUACCUCCCUGAAAGUGAAUUAAAUUACACUGCUUAUCUUUAA